AUGCAGACGACUGUACCGAGGGUCUUGACCAUUGCCGGGUCAGACAGCGGAGGAGGAGCUGGUAUCCAAGCCGACCUCAAGACCAUUGCCGCCUUCCACUGCUUCGGCACCUCAGCCAUCACCGCCCUCACCGCUCAGAACACCCUUGGCGUCCAGGCAGUCGAAGGCGUCUCGCCAAGCUUUGUCGUCAAGCAGAUCGAGUCCGUCUUGGACGAUAUCGGCACGGAUGCGAUCAAGACCGGGAUGUUGUACGGCGAGGAGACGAUUCGGGCGAUUGUUGACGUGCUGGAGAAGCGGUACGGACAGGACAAGGAGAGCUUGAGGCUCGUCGUCGAUCCUGUAUGCGUCAGCACGUCCGGUCACUCGCUCCUCCCCCUCUCGGCAGUCGACUCGCUCCGGAAGGACCUCCUUCCCUGGGCCACGGUCCUCACGCCCAACAUUCCCGAAGCCGAAUACCUCGCCGGCUGGGAGUCCGGCACGAUCAGCUCAGUCGAGGACAUGGAGCGUUGUGCGAAGGAGUUGGCGAACACGGGAGCGCGGUGGGUGUAUCUGAAGGGCGGGCACAUGCCGAUCGAGAAAGGCGAGGCGGGGGAGAGGGUCGUCGUCGACUUGCUGUGGGACGCAAAGGCGAAGAAGUCGACGACAUGGGAGCGACGGUACCUGGACGUCAAGAACACGCACGGCACGGGCUGCACGCUGGCAGCGGCCGCGGCAUCAGAACUUGCGCGAGGCAAGACAGUGCCCGAAGCUGUGCGCUGUGCGGCAGACUUUGUCGCCUCCGCCAUUGCAACCUCCUACUCGAUUGGCAACGGUUCAGGCCCCGUCAACCACUUCCACGGUCUCAUGUCUCGCACCCUUCCCUUACCGAACCCGCACUCCCCGACCCCCUUCACCGACUAUCUUAUCGCCUACAACCCCUCCGCCUGGUCCCGCUACGUCAACCACCCGUUCCCGCAGGGUCUCGCAGACGGUACGAUGCCGCUCGAGGCGUUCUUGCACUUCAUCCAGCAAGACUACCACUUCCUAAAGCAAUACGGUCGGUCGAACGCGCUUGCGGCUUACAAGACGGAGGACAUGCACCUCAUGGCCGGCUCGAUCCAGAUCGUCAACGACGUCGUGCGCGAGACCGAGAUGCACGUCAAGUACUGCGAGAAAUACGGCAUCUCCCGCGCACAGCUCCAGGCUAUCCCGGAGAGCGUGACCAACAUUGCCUACACGCGCUACGUCCUCGACGUCUCGUCAAAGGGUGACUUGCUCGAUGCGAGGGUCGUCACGGCGCCUUGUUUGAUCGGGUACGGCGAAGUGGGCCGUCGACUCGUCAAUGCCACCACCGGCGUGAACCGCGACGAGUCGGCGAACCCGUACUGGGGGUGGAUCGCCGAGUACGGAGGAGAGUGGUACCAGGGCGCGGUGAAGACCGGUAUUGGAAGAGGGUGUGCAGACGUCCUCGAACAAACACUCCACGAGUCGCCUAUCUCCCCCUCGCGACUCGCCGACCUCGCCCGCGUGUUCGAGAAAGCCACCGAGCUCGAGAUCGCAUUUUGGGACGCGGCGAUCGAGGCGGGGAAGAAGAAGAGGGAGGAGGUGUUGGAUACCAAGGGGGGGAUGCCGCAGUAG